AUGGAGGAGGAGCUGAAGUGCCCCGUGUGCGGCUCCCUGUUUCGGGAGCCCAUCAUCUUGCCCUGUUCCCACAACGUCUGCCUUCCUUGCGCUCGUACCAUCGCUGUGCAGACACCAGACGGUGAGCAGCACCUGCCCCAGCCACUCCUGCACUCCCGGAGCUCCGGGCUACCGGCCGGCGCCGCUGCGGCGCCCCCUCUGGACCACGACGCUGCGGCUGGCCCAGCCUGCGGCGGUGCGAGCGGGAGCGCAGCUGGCGGCCUGGGCGGCGGUGCGGGAGGUGGCGGGGACCACGCGGACAAGCUGAGCUUGUACAGUGAGACAGACAGUGGUUAUGGUUCCUACACCCCGAGCCUCAAGUCCCCCAACGGGGUUCGCGUGCUGCCCAUGGUGCCCGCACCGCCUGGCUCCUCGGCCGCCGCGGCCCGGGGUGCCGCCUGCUCCUCGCUAUCUUCCUCCUCCUCAAGCUCCAUCACGUGUCCGCAGUGCCACCGCAGCGCGUCCCUGGACCACCGAGGCCUGCGCGGCUUCCAGCGCAAUCGGCUGCUCGAGGCCAUCGUACAACGGUACCAGCAGGGCCGCGGGGCAGUGCACGGGGCGUCCGCAGCCGCUGCAGUGGCCAUCUGCCAGUUGUGCGACCGCACCCCGCCUGAACCGGCCGCCACGCUAUGCGAGCAGUGCGACGUGCUCUACUGCGCUGCCUGCCAGCUCAAAUGCCAUCCAUCCCGCGGACCCUUCGCUAAGCAUCGCCUGGUGCAGCCGCCGCCGCCGCCCGCGCCUGCUGAGGCCGCCUCAGCAUCCCCAGGCGCGGCCCAGGGCGCCCCCAGCGGAGGCGGCGGCUGCAAGAGCCCGGGGGGCGCCGGCGCAGCGGGGGGCAGCGCGGCCCGCAAGUUCCCUACGUGCCCCGAACACGAAAUGGAGAACUACAGCAUGUACUGCGUGAGCUGCCGAACCCCGGUGUGCUAUCUGUGCUUGGAGGAGGGCCGCCACGGCAAGCACGAGGUGAAGCCGCUGGGAGCCAUGUGGAAACAGCACAAGGCCCAACUGUCCCAGGCCUUAAACGGGGUUUCGGAUAAGGCGAAGGAAGCAAAGGAGUUUCUGGUCCAGCUGAAGAACAUCCUGCAGCAGAUCCAGGAGAACGGACUGGACUACGAAGCCUGCCUGGUUGCUCAGUGUGACGCUCUGGUCGACGCUUUAACUCGGCAGAAAGCCAAGCUGCUCACCAAGGUCACCAAAGAGAGGGAGCACAAGCUGAAGAUGGUCUGGGACCAGAUCAACCACUGCACGUUGAAGCUGCGCCAGUCGACGGGGCUGAUGGAGUACUGCCUGGAGGUGAUCAAGGAGAACGACCCCUCUGGCUUCCUGCAGAUCUCAGAUGCUCUGAUCAAGCGUGUCCAGGUGUCUCAGGAGCAGUGGGUCAAAGGCGCCCUGGAGCCAAAAGUGUCUGCGGAGUUCGACUUGACCUUGGACAGCGAGCCGCUGCUGCAGGCCAUCCACCAGCUGGACUUCAUCCAGAUGAAAUGUAGGGUGCCGCCCAGCCCCCUGCUGCAGCUAGAGAAGUGCUGUACCCACAACAACAGCGUCACGCUGGCCUGGAGGAUGCCACCCUUCACCCACAGCCCCGUGGACGGCUACAUCCUGGAGCUGGACGACGGCGACGGGGGCCAGUUCCGGGAAGUGUAUGUUGGCAAAGAGACCCUGUGCACCAUCGACGGUCUGCAUUUCAACAGCACCUACAACGCCAGGGUCAAGGCAUUCAACUCCUCUGGCGUCGGGCCUUACAGUAAAACUGUCGUCCUGCAGACGUCUGAUGUGGCCUGGUUCACCUUUGACCCCAACUCUGGGCACCGGGACAUCAUUUUAUCCAAUGACAACCAGACGGCCACGUGUAGCAGCUAUGACGACCGGGUGGUGCUGGGUACGGCAGCUUUCUCCAAGGGCGUGCACUACUGGGAGCUGCACGUGGACCGGUACGACAACCACCCGGACCCCGCGUUCGGGGUGGCCCGGGCCAGCGUGGUCAAGGACAUGAUGCUGGGCAAGGACGACAAGGCCUGGGCUAUGUACGUGGACAACAACCGCAGCUGGUUCAUGCACUGCAACUCCCACACCAACAGGACAGAAGGUGGCGUGUGCAAGGGGGCCACUGUCGGCGUGCUCCUGGACCUGAAUAAGCACACUCUGACCUUCUUCAUCAACGGGCAGCAGCAGGGCCCCACUGCCUUCAGCCACGUGGAGGGGGUCUUCAUGCCGGCCCUCAGCCUCAACCGUAAUGUGCAGGUCACUCUGCACACGGGACUGGAAGUGCCGACAAACCUGGGGCGGCCCAAGCUGUCCGGCAACUAG